CGGUGAUACCGAAGAGCGAGGAAAUGAAAAAUAAGAGAAGUGAGAAGGGCCCUAUGAUUGAGGGGCUUUUCGGAUCAUGGGCAGAAUAUGUAGGCUAGUUUUCACUGACCACUGGCUCACUCUAGUGGACCGUUGGCGAAUUGCAAACUUGUGCUGCACAGAAAACAUAUUCGUUACAAUUAUCUUAGUCAUUGUUAAAAAACAACAACAACAACAAUAACAGUUUGCUGUAUUAAUAAAGUGGUAGCAAUACGAAGUUUAUCGUUAACUGUCUCUUUAAAUCGACCGAGACGGAGGUCAGUAUUUGGCAGGAAGUUAGCUAGCAGCUAACAGGAAGCCGAAUUAUGAGGACUCAUUGAGGCGCAGGAAUUGGCAAAGAGCAACGAGUCCAACAUUGGUCGUUACAGUCGUUACAGUCGUUACAUCUCCCCCUGAAACAGCAUCAUCAUCGUCUUCAUCUUCCUCACCGCAGGAGGAACAAGCAGCCAGCCAACUGUGUUUGAAGACAGAAGCCGCAAUGUCUUCAGCGGUGGAUCUCAAGACUAAAGAGGAGAAGGAUGCCGAGUUGGACAGACGGAUCGAAGCCCUGAGGAAGAAGAAUGAAGCUCUGGUCAAGAGGUAUCAGGAAAUUGAAGAAGACAAGAAGAAAGCAGAGCAGGAGGGCAUCGCCGUGACAACCCAGCGUAAACCCCGCCCACACGAGCCGGAGGCAGACAGGAGGAAGACGGACAAAGAGAACUUCACCGUCACAGUCGACCUCUCUAAGCAGACAGGGGACAAGAGAGUCGUAAACGAUUGGAAACCUGUAACGCCUCGAGCUCGGAAAACCUCAGAGGAGAGUGAUGCCCAGCGAUGGCCCAGUGACGCCCAGCGAUGGCCCAGCGAGGGCCACCGGGGGCCCAGCGAGGGCCACCGGGGGCCCAAUGAGAGUCACCGGGGGCCCAGUGAGGGCCACCGCCGUGGUCCCGGUGAGGGCCAACGAGGGCAGAGCGACGGGCACAGAGAGCCAUAUGACAGCCCCCAAGGAGGUCCCAGUGAAGGCCAGCGGCGGCCAAACAGCGAGCACAGCCCCCAGAGGAAGAUGGGGUCAGGACGAAUGAGUCGGGGAGGUCAGAGAGGGGGGCGCCAGGAGAGGAGAGAAUGGGAGCCCAGGACACCCAGAGAGGGAGAACCUGGGGAGGCGGGAGGACCGGGACGCAGAGGAGGAGGAGGGAGGAGAGGAAGAGGAGGAGAAGGAAGGGGGAGGGGGGGAGGAGAAGGAGGAGAAGGAACACCAGGUGGAUCACCAGGUGGAACACCAGGUGGGACACCAGGUGGCCCAGACAGGAAAUCCAAGGAGUGGGAGGAGAAGAGGAGACAGAACAUUGAGAAGAUGAAUGAAGAAAUGGAGAAAAUAGCAGAAUAUGAGAGAGGACAGCAGGCGGAUGGAGACAAGCCGCUCCGUAACUUCCUGGAUGACCCGAGACGUUCAGGCCCAGUGCCAGACAUAGACCGCAAGGAUGGCAGCCGGAGACAUGUGCGGAACUGGGGGGGGCUGGACUUUGAUAACGUCAAGACAGGAGGCGAGAUGGAGAAAGAGUGGACUAGUCGGAGGCCCGGUCCCAAAGACUCUACGGACAUGACCAUGUCUAUGACCGGCCGGGAGAGAGCCGAGUACGUCCGCUGGAAGAAGGAGCGCGAGGAGAUUGACGAAGAGAGACUCGCACGGCAUCGUAACGCCACAGGCCAGUGGAAACGGGAGUGGGACGCACAGAAGACAGAGAACAUGUUUAAGGAAGACCCAUAUGUAACCUCAGAGAGCAGCACAACCGAGCAGGGCAGCAGGAGAGCCCGGGGGCGUAACUCUCGAACAGAGCCUCGGGGCCGGGCCUCAGACGACAGUAAGCGGCCUCCUCAAACUCCAACGUUUGGUGACUUCAUGUCUCAGGGCCGGACCCCGGGGCCACGGGGGGACCGCGGCAGAGGGAAGGGCCGAGGACAGAGGGCCAGCUACAGCAUGCAUGACAACCGCUGGGAGGGAGACAAAGAAGAAGAGGAGGAGAAAGAGAAGGAAGACAAGACGAAGAGAGAGCAGAGGGCUAAAAAGAACGAGAAGGAGGCAGAAAAAUCCAACGCUCCUCCAACACAGAAGGUGGAGGUGAAGGACGGAGACGGAGAAGACGACGAUGAAGAGUGGGAGGAUGCCAGUGGUGGAGAAGACGACGAAGGCAGCGACUCAGAACAGGACUCCAGAGGCGAUGAGAAGAAAGACGUCGGGAGAGAGAAACAAACCAAGAGCAAAGACAACUCCCCCACGCCUCGCUCACGACCAACAUCAGCAGGAAGCCCCAAAGAGCAGCGCCCCCUCAGGCCGAAGGUCCACAUCCCCCCACCAACAGUUCAGGAGUCCCCGGAGGGAGGAAAGCCCCUCAGCCCCUUCCUCCCUCUGGAAAGCCACCAGCCUGUUUCAGACUGGGGGGAGGAGAUGGAGAUGCUGUCGCCCCGGAGCAGCAUGGGAGGCGAGAGCCCCCUGAAACCCCCUAGCGUGGAGGCCAGCCCACCCCAGAAGAAGGAGCUGGAGAAGGAGCAGGAGAAGGAGCAGGAGGGACAGACUGAACGUGCUGAGCCACAGCAGGAGGAGAACACAGCCCUAGAUGUCUCCUCUCCUUCAGAAAAGUCUGUCAUAGUGUCAGAACCAGACUCCGACCCCACAGAAUCCCCCGCUGCACUGCCAUCUGACCCCGCCCCCUCUCAGGUCCAUGAGGUUACAGAGACGGUGGACGAGGAAACCCCUGCUGCUCUAACAAAAGCUGAGAAACUGGACUCCCCUCCAGCCGCCCUGCAGGCUGAGCAGAGCUCCUCUGGAUCACCUGGAGAGAAAGAUGAGGACACGACGCCCGCUGGGAGGGAAGACGCUCCUGCAGCAGAGACAGAGGAGUCCUCCCAGCAGACGCCCUCAGGCUGAGGCUGCUGGGAACAAUGAGACUCACUAAUGAGGAAGAAGAUGGACGAAGAGCAUCCCACUACUCAUCACCAGAGUGACACUCUGCCACACAUCUAAAUAGAACAACAAUAACGAGGAGGAGGGACUGUCUCUCUCAGCUUUUCCUAUUGGAUCAGUGGGUCUGAUAUUUCUGGUGUCUCUCAGUUAAGUAAAUGAAGAUUUAUAAUAUCCUGUCAGUCGCUGGUUGAGAUCUCACAGGGGGGUCUUGAGGAUUUCUGCGCUAGUAAAAUGAACUGCAUCCAAUUGUAUGUAUAUAUAUUUUGACAGAAGAUCAUUGAGACAAAGUACUGUUGAGCCCUCAGCAGUCAGAAACAUUUAAAGAUUUUAAGUAGGGCCCUAGCUGACCUGACAUCAGUUUCUAAAGGGCUUUCAGCUGACCAGUUCUGAGGUCAACAUAUUGUUUCAGAACGAACAUGUGGCUGAUUUCUGUGUUGUUUUUAGCUGGAGAAUGAUCACUUCAUCAUGCACUGAUCAAAAUGAUUAUUUUGUAUCUCAAAUAGGGCCAUAGGCCAGCGUGUUAGCUAGUUAACCUUAGCAUGUGACGUCCUUCUGUCUGGUUGUAAACACAUGUGACAUGGUUAACAUUUACCAGAAGAAUGGGUUCAACUCUGUUAAUACAGUGCUCCCCCAAAGUGCUGUUGCACUUCAAUAACAUUUGUGUUUUUCAAAAAGCAUCAGAAUGAAUGCAGCAGAACCAGAGAUGCGUCUUUAUGAGUUCCUUGCAUCCUGUGUCAAAACAUGGUGCCUACAAAACCCACAAUGCAAUUGACCGCAGACUCGAGUGAGGUAAUAAGAUGUUGUGCUGCUCCCCCUGAAGCCACAAAAGGCUUUAUGCCGUUUUUAAAACGUUUUGUUUGAUUAUCAAUUGAUUUACAGGAUUUGCCUCUUGGCUAAUUUACAAUGUCCAGUGUUGUUAUUUAGACUGUGAGUUUGACAUCAGGCCUUUUUAAUUUACACACACUAAAUAAAUAUAUUAUUGUAAUAUGAAUUGAUCCGUUUUUAUGUAACACUUCUGCACAUUGAGCUCUGGGUGCAGUUGCUCUUUCUGUUGCAACUUUCUAAAGCUUCUGGUGUUGGUGUGGUGGCCAUCAUUGAUUACAUCUCAGUGAUUUCCAUUAGUGUUCAGAAAGUAGAGAUUAGACUCCAGCCUCCCUCCUCUUUGGUUUUAUGUUGUGGCUUUUAAUGACUUCGACAUGGAAUAAUGAUUUCCUGCUGACAGGAAAUGGAAAUAUUUGUAUUUUUCAUAUCAGACCCACUGAAUCUAUUUUAUUUUUUCUUUGAAAGACAUCCUGACACAAUACAUGUUUUCAAAAUAUGAGAAUCAUGAGCUUCACUGCAGGUAGAUAAUGAUGUUUUAAGUGCAUUCAUCUGAUGUUUUGAUGUAAGAUAACGGUGAUCAGAUUAAGUCAAGGAUCAGCUGUGCGGCUUAGGGCACUUUGACAGGACUCCUCCUCCUCACCUCAAUAUCUAUCAAAAUACCAAUUGUGUUCUUCAAGGCGGAGGUCGGUUUCCUUCAAAAUCAGAAUGUAAUUAUGUUUUCACUGACACUGCUGUCAUUUUAUGAAUCAUCAGUUAUACACAGAAAUCUGUUUAUCUCUCUCUAGAGGACACUCUGCCUCUUUAAUUGUUUUGAAAUCUAUGAAUUAUGAAUUGUCUCUAAUUUGGAAAGACAGACCUGCAUUAAAUGGAAGUGCUGUAAGAUAUAUUUGUAGCGUAAUGAAGUUUGUUUUGGGAUGAAAGCCUUCACUCGUACCUCAGCAGACCAAAGGCUUUGAGUGUUUUGUUUUCUGCAAGUCUUUGAAUCACGCCUGUGGACACUGGGAUAAAGCAGUUUCACGUUUUUGUUUUCUGUAUAGGAUGACCAAAGCUGAUGCAUUUUGAUUCAUAUGAACUGCAAUAUGUACAGUUUUUAAAUGGAAAUUAACAUUCCACAAUUGGGUGUUUUGUGCUAAAUGUAGCCUGUGAGCUAUAUGACAAAUGAUUCUGUGUUUUGCAUAUGGAUGUUUGUUCUUCUGAGCUUUGAUGACUGAUUGUAAUUUAAGCAGGAGAUAUUUCCAAGUACAACCAUUUCUACAAUGUCUUCGUGCUUGAUACAUGAACUCACUGAGACCCUGUGCAGCUGUUUUCAAAGAUGAUCAGGACUAGCAUGAAUCCAAAAUGGUAGCUUUUGAAUGUUCUCAAAGCCAUAGAUGGAUUAAAUGUCCCCCAUCAGCUCACACAUCCGAGGGAACAUAAGCCCUAUGUUUUUAUUCACAUGAAAUGUAAAACACAGUGUGGCUUUAUCAGUUUUUCUUUCUCUUAUUUAGCCAAUAAAUGUAUUUCUCCGA